ACCACGAGUGUUCGGUCGUAUCCCGUUCGAGCGUCCCCGUUCGCCGCCGUCCGCGUUACCGUAAACGAAGUUUUUUCGCUCGUGCACUGUCCUUUCCCUGAUUCGGAGUUUUUAUUUUUUAUUUUUCCCGCGGCGGCUUACCGAUCCCGUCUCUUCGACAGCACGCCGGUCGCGCGAGUUAUUCACACGGUGUACGUAUACGGUUUUAUUAAAUACUCAAUCAUAUAUCGACCACUGAUCGCCACUUGGAUUUAGAAUCAAAUAUGAAUGAAUCGGUGUUGAACGCAAAUAUGAUCUAUUAUAACCAUGACCUGCGAAUACAAGAGGAAAACACAAUGUCUAAUGAAUCAAUACAAGUCGGUUUAAACACAACUGAUAAUGUGCACAUUGUGAUUAACAACGUUACUUCAAAUUUUAAAACGAAAACACAUUUAGAUCUCAGGAAUUUGGCUCGCCGUGGUUAUAAUACAGAAUAUAAACGAGAACAAGGGAAGCUUAUAAUGAAGUUGCGAAAGCCGAAAACCACAGCAAAUAUUUGGUCAAAGGGAAAAGUGAUUUGCGUAGGUUGUUCAUCCGAGCAUGAAGCAAGAAUUGCAUCAAGGCGUGUUGCUAGAAUCAUUCAAAAGUUGGGUUAUCCUGAAGUAAAAUUUUGCAGUUACAAAGUGACCAAUAUACUGGCUACGUGCACAUUACCAUUUCCUAUCAGAAUCAUAUCGUUCGCUGAGAAAUACAAAGCGAAUACAGAAUAUGAACCCGAGUUAAAUCCAGGAGUGAUGUACAGAACAAAAGAAUUCAAAGCGACGUUGCAAAUAUUUUCUUCUGGUAAAAUAUCUGUUCACGCUCAAAGCGAGGCGUUAAUUCGACGGGCUGUUGAGUACAUCUACCCGUUGGUAUGGCCGUUCAGACGAGAGCAGGAAUCAAACGUUCAACCUCCGAUGACCAUCGAAGAGAUACAAGCUCCGGAACAAAAAACUGAAUCAACCACCGGAGACCAAGGGUCCGUGUACCAUCGCCCUGGCGGAGAGUUCAUUGGGAGCUGUCAACUAAACACUUUGGUGCUGUAGACGAGAAAACAGAAUACUUGAUUAGAACCUAACUAUAUUUUUAAUUGGUUAUCGAUUUAUUAAACAAGAACUGGUAUUAGAUUCGUUUGUUAAAACGCCGUUUGUACUUGUUUACUUUGUAUGUACCCUAUUAUCUACUUGCUUACCUACUACCUUUUAUUCUUAAUUCAUUUAUUAUUUAUAGUAAAUUAUGAUCUUUAACUACUAGUGUUUACUAUUAAACAAGGUAAAAGUAUAAACGAGAUAUACUAAGGGGUGCAGAUACUAUUAUUUUGAUACUGAAUUCGAUUGAUUUCGAAAAACUAUUUCAAAUAAACAUAUUUUUGUGUGAAAAUAUUAUUUGAUCUUGAUUCAUUUUGUAAAUCAUGCGAUGAAAUCGUUUUGAAAUCAAGACGUAUCAAUAUUAAAAUCACUAAGAUUGAUUCGUAAUAUAUUUUGUAGAUACCUCGGUAUCUAUGAUCUCAAUACAUAACAAUGAUCUUCGAAUUAGUAUUUAUCCUUACGUAGUUUUAUUGAAUAUUGUCCAACAGCUUACACUUGUUGAGACAUAAUCAUAAUAAUAAUAAUAAUAAUAUACCUUCACGUUUAAAGCCAAUACAGGAUUGGUGAACAUUUUCGACUAUCAAAAAUAAUAUCAUAUAUUCUCAUUAUUUUUAUAUUUUAAAUUUCCAUAUUUGUUGGUUUUACUACGAAUUAGUUUUCGGCUUGGCUGCAAGUAUGAUUUUUUUUAUUUAUAUUUUUUUUUAUAUUAUAUGUGUUAAC